AUGAGAGCCUCUUGGAUCUAUCUUACUUCCGCCCUAUGUACGGGGGCUGUUGCCUAUGACCCCCAGUACACCAUGAGCACGUCAGACUUUUCUGGGAUUUCCGGGAACUCCUACCAGUGCGAAAAUGGAGUGAAACCUUCAGUCACUUGUACGGACCCGUCACUCAACAACGACACCUGUUCGUGCACUUGCACAAACGGCAUCAUCUUCAACCAGCCGGUUCCAUCGCCUGGUCAGAGCAGCGGGGGCAAUGAUGCUUCACUUGACAUAUGCCAGGCGGAAAGGAAUCAAUACAUGGAGCGCGAGCGAGAGGCGAUGGUUAAACUUCACGAGAUGGAACAGGCGCACCUCAAGUGCCAGGAAGGUCAGGCAGCUGAACUUGUGGCGGCACAACAGGCGCAUGCUGUUCGCGAGAAAGAACUUUCAGACGAACUCACUUCGGCACGACAGGCACAUGCUACCUGCGAUCGGGAACUGUCAGAGCUGAAGGCCGGCUGGUCUUUCGCCCCAUUUAAGCACCAGGGCUGCUACUUCGAUAGCACCAAUCGACUGAUUAACGACAAGGUUACCAACGACGCCAGUAUGACGGUGAGAAGAUGCAGAGACUUCUGUCAGGGCUACUUACACUUUGGUCUCGAGGCGGGUCAAUUUUGCUUUUGCGGAAACAAGUUCUUACGUAUAGGAAAAUUGGCUCCAGAGAUUGACUGUUCCUGGCCUUGCGCCGGUAACAAGAACGUAAACUGUGGAGGCAGCUCUAGGAUAUCUUUGUACUCUUACCAGUCAGCUAUUUGA